AUGAGUGCUGAGCAUGCAGUGAGGACAAACUCCAUCUUAGACCAACAUCUAGAGCUGACUGUGGCCACUGGAGGAACAGAGGUCUCCUGCUAUCAUUGCACAUUACCGUUCAGCAUUGUGAUCUUGAUGAUUGGCAUUGCAGUUACAGCCGUAGCCUACAGCUUCAACUCCCAUGGUUCCGUCAUCUCCAUUCUGGGGCUGGUGCUGCUCUCCAGCAGUCUGCUGCUGCUGCUGCUGCUGCUGCUCGGCCUCACUGCACUGCACUGGAAACUCAGACAGCAAAAAAUGGACAGACACUCAGCAAGUCAGUGCACUCUAGUGGAGAGCCCGAGACCCAACUGA